CUUUAAUUAUAUAUUAACAAUUAGCACCAAGUACAUAGGCCACCCAAGGAGAUAUAUGAACCUGAUCUAAAAUCUUACUGGUAGCCUGCUAUAAAUUGUUUACCCAAAUUACAGUUUUUUGCCAAUGGCUUACACGCUUUUUGUAUAAUAAGCCUCAUUGUGUCAAAACUCACAAGCCACAUAAGAGAGCACUUGGAGAUAAACAACUCACAUCUGUGUCAAAAUGAAACUCUACAAUCGACACCUAACAAUUAUUUUUCAAAAUGUCAUUCUUGCAACAAAAUGAUACACACAUUCACCAUUUGAAUUACUCUUUCAAGUCAACUACAACACACUGAUGUGCUUUAUGUAAAACAUUGCAAUCUUUACUAUCUGUAUUGGAAUUUUCUCAGAGUCUUAUGUGAAACUCCAAAAUAGAAAUGCUCCAAUAAUCAUUUUACAGUUGUUGUUCUUCUAACAAUUUAUUUAUUCAUCCUUUAUUUUAGCAGGUGAGUCCCAUUGAGAUCUUACAUCUCUUUUUCAAGGGAAACCUGGGCCUGCAAAAUCAAAAAUACACUAUUGCAAGUUUUACUAUUGCAAGUUUUACUAGACUAUUUUUGAACAAUGUGUCUAAUGUAAGGGACAGGAACAGUGUGUGCUUUGCCGUAAGCAUGUUGCAGAAUCGCAAAAAAAGUGCAAAGCAGAAUAUGGUAUGGUUACACUGUGUUUAAGAUAUGGUUACACUGUGUUUAAGAUAUGGUUACACUGUGUUUAAGGUAUGGUUACAAGAAGUUUAGGUUUUGAGCCUUUGGUCUAAGCAUUCAUUUUUAGUGAGCAAUUGGCAAAUAUUGUAAAACUUCUAUGAAUUUAGGCCUGGAAUUUGUCUUUAAACUAGAUGCUAAGAAUGUGUAAGGUAUUUCAUAGUAGUUAUAAUCUUCGAGAACACACCAUAUCAACUUAGUAAAGUAAAGGGUUACCAAACUAUCCCCCCCCCCUGCCCAGUAUAAUAAAAACAAUAGACAACAAUGCUAUUAUUAUUAUUAAGAAUGGAUGCAUUAUACAGCAUUCUGAAAAAUGCCAGCUAUGGCUCCUAUGUAGACAUAGCCUGUCUGUAUGCAAUAUAAAAUAUACAGUACACAAUGUUCUCACUAUGUCUAUUGAACAAGUAGUGUGAAUGCUGUCUGUGCAGCUAAAUCCAUGCUCAUAAACACAAUGAAUUUUAGUCUGCACCAGGGCACUGUGAAGACAGCAGAAACCAAAUGGUGACAAUUUAAUGGUGCGUAAAAGGUGAUUAAGGCCGGUUAGCCACAACGCAUGGAGAACUCAUUGACCUCUGCGCACACACACACACACACACAUUACUGUCAUACACAUUACUCUUAUACACACACACACACACACACACACACACACACACAAACACAUUCACAUUAUGCGCACACAUAUUUACAUCACACACACACACACACACGUCCGCCCACUGCCCUCUCCUACUGUCGACACACUUGUCUGCAUCCCUUCCCCUCCAGUGACCUCAGGAUGUCAGGGCUGAAAGCCUGUCCACAAUCGCCUGUGCCUGCAGCAAUAUUUGGUGUCCUUAGGGCACUGCUUCCAUAGGCCUCUAGUGGGGACUCUGUUAUUAGAUGAGACCAGCUGUGGUGUUUGGACCAUAAACAAAGUUACUCUCAGAUUAGGGGAAGGCAUGUUACACUCGGGGUCUCCUGAAUUGACAGUACAAACACACGCUGAAAUGUGUGAAUAGGUUGGAGAGUGGCAUGUGUGUAUGUUUUGUUUUCAUUGUUCGAAGUCUCAAUGAAGGGAAGGAGAGGUGUGGAGAAUGGAGGAGGACUGGGGCAGGAAGCAGUGUGAUUCAGAGAAAGGAAAAUAGAUUUUUUUCCAAGAGGAAAUGCUGGGCUUCCAGCCACACAGAAAGUUCACCCAGAAAGUCAUCCUCUCAGGGAUCAUAGGCCUCACAACAUGGAGACGACCGAUGCUCCUAUUGAUGAACCUGUUUGUCCUACUGUCGGUGGUCUGUGUCCUACUCAACCUGGCCGGCUUCAUCCUAUGCUGUCAGGGAGCACAGCUGGUUUCCACCAUGACAAACUGCCAGCUGAGUGAGCUUGGUGACAUCUGCAACUGUUGUGCUGAAACUCCGAUUACAAAGUGCGAGGAGGAGAAAAUGCUGAAAAUUUACCCGGGCUACUCAUGCAACACGAUGCGGGUGCUUCUUAAGAAAGUUCUCUUUGCGCUGUGUGCCUUGAAUGCUGUGACCACGGCAGUGUGCCUGGUAGCUGCGGCACUUCGAUACCUCCAGAUCUUCAGUGCCAGGCGGCCCUGCAUGGAGGAACCGCGGGGAGCUGUGGAGGAUGCCGAAGAGCCAGCCCGGCCACCCGACCCAGACGAGUUUGUGCCCCCAGCGCCACCCCCGUCCUAUUUCUCCACCUUCUACUCCUACACCCCGCGGCUGGCUCGCAGAAUGUUUGGUGACAGUGUGAUCCCCCUGCCUCAUAUAUAUGGCGCACGGAUCAAAGGGGUGGAGGUCUUCUGUCCUCUGGACCCUCCUCCUCCAUAUGAGGCAGUUCCUGGAGUAUCCAACCCCUCCACCGCCCAGGAGACAGAGAUCCAGAUGACAGAUCUGACCGAUGGAGUGAGGGACCACUCAGAGGCGGCGGCGUCCAUCACUGACAGCUGCCUGCAAACGGCGACUUCCUCAGUGGCGGCGGCCCCAGCAGCGCCAGCGACCCAGACCAGUAGGAGAGCCCACAAGCUCCGCAGGUCCAACAGUGACCCGGUGCUUUUGGACCUGGCCGCUAAAGUGUUAAGCUGCGAGGCGGCCACCCAGACGGACACAGGGACGGCCUCUGAGCAGGCGGCCUCGGGCGCGGCCAGGGUAACGCUGCGGCGGGGCCGGGGUCCUCGGCGGCCGCGGCCCACCUCCAUGGUGGACUACCAGAGCUACCGCGACACCAAGCUGCUGGUGGCGCGCUUCCUGGAGCACUCGUCCUCGUGGAGCAGGCUGGAGCCCGAGGUGCAGGAGCUGGUCAACAGCAUCAAGAGCAUGCUGCGCUCCGACGAAGAGCACAUGGAGGAGGCGGUCCGCUGCGCCAGCUUCAUAGACCAGGUCAUCACCGGGUCAGAAGCCACGACCUCGCAGCCUGCCCCGUCACUCCAGCCAGCUGCCCUGGAGGUGGCCCCUGCGCCGGAGCCCUUGGCCCAGACGCUCCCGCGCAGGAAGCGGCCAGGCCAGCUGCACCUGCGCAGCUGCGGGGACCUGAGCACCUUCACCUGGGCCGAGCUGCAGCUGGGGGUGGGCACGGUGCGCAGGGGGGUCACCGGGGAGCGCCGGCCCGGGUCUCGCGCCGCCAGCUCGCGACUGGGCUCCCGGGCAGGCAGCUCCCGACUCGGGGAGCACGACAGGCCGCACAGCCUGAUUGGGGUGUUCCGGGAAACCGUGCUGUGAGUGGCGCCACCACCUGAAACCCACCAGAACCCAAUCCAAUCCAACCCAAAGGCCACUCACCCCCAUGGCCUGUCUUGACCUUUCACCCCAUGCCUCUCUCUCGUUGCCCCAUGGCAACAACAGACAGUUUUGUACUUAAAAGACUCAUACCUGAGGGAGCACAUGUCUCCUUGGACAAGAUUAAGUUUUUAAAGUUUUUUUUUUUUUUUUUGAAGUUUGAUUUGUUUUUGUUAUCUCUGCCAAGAAGGUUAUGUUUUUGGUGUUGUUUGUUUCUUUGUCUGUCUGGCUGUCAGCAGGAUUAUGGAAAAAACUACUGGCCUGAUUUUCAUGGAAGCCUUCCACUGGAAGGAAGUAGCAUGGGCCAAGGAAGAACCUUUUAAAUUACAGGGCAGGCACAUCAUUUAGUUUUCACUUUCAUUAACAUUAUGAGGAAGGCCAUAUGGCCUUGGCUGAUGUGAGCACUCAUUGUCUGCCCCUCUAGUUUGACUCUGUGUUAAGUAACUUCAGUUUAACUCACUUCCCUUUCAGAUGUGAUUUAGAAGUAGAAUGAGAAGGACGUCAGAAAAUGUUUGAGCAAUUCAUCUUUCCUCUUACCUAAAUUAAGACAGAAAUACAGGCAUGUAAUCCCAGAUAACAGAUGGCCACACCGUUGUUAUCUCCACUGAGCUGGGAUGUUCGUUGACCAAGUCAGUGCCUUUUCACUACUGUUUCUGUUCUAGUUUCUGUGAUAUGUUCUGCCUUGUACACCUACUGUAAGUGCAUUGUGUCGUGUAUGAAUGAUUUGUUUUUAAACAUCAAGAAGUGUCAAGAAAGUAAGUGUAGCAGAAGAAUGGUAGACGUUCUGUGAAGUAUUGCCUAGCAGUGCAAUUAGUUUAUGUUUGUUUAUAUCACUUAUGGUGUAACAACAAAAAGUGUUUUGGCAUUGAUUACACACUGAAAUUGCAAUGUCCCAUCUCCUUUAGUGUUUCAGGCCACUACUGGUUGAAUACUCAGAUAACUAUACAGAUGUAAUACAAUAAUUCAGAGGCUUGAUGAGGAAAAGUGCUGACAAUCAAACAGGAGUUAAUAAAUUGUACAGUUGAAAAAGUGGUAAGUUGAAUCAUGUGUCUGUACAUGUUUUCUUUUAGUGCUUUAGAGUGAAAGCUGUCAAAAGGCUCUCCCACAGCCUGAGGUAUUAGUGUCAGGGAUAUAUAACUCAUCACUUGGGUUGUACAGACGUAUUUGACUUUUAAAGAUUAUUAAACACAUAAAACAU